AUGUCCAAUCUAUAUAGCAAGCUAGGUCCACAAGGACGAGCAUUGUUGAACAACCCGCAGCAACCUUCGUCACCUUACACUUACACAAAUGAUGCAAAUAACCAACCACCCCCGCAAGAUCUUGAUUUUGUCAUUGAUGAAUUGAGGAAUCCCAAACCAACUACUACUGUUAACAAAGUAUUGGGGUAUUUAUACAACUAUGUUCCGUAUAUCAAACACGAAAGGAAUUUGGGACUUGUUGUUGCCAGUUUUUUAAACAGUCCCGUGUGUUUUGGAUCAAGCACUACGCCAUCACUGGCAGCAACAGCAGCACCACCACCACCAUUUGAAGAGAUUUACAUGAUUAUCGAAGUGUUCAAAUUGAUAACUGAUAAGAAGUUGGAAGUGUCUCAACCUACAUUACCCAUUAAGGAGUUUUACACAGUUAUUAGAAAAGAGUUGGAGAAUUUUGUGUGGUACAACCCUCAAGCUAAUAGUUGGAAAGUUUUGCCUAUAAUUUGUGGAAUGAUGUUAUCUAAUUCUCUACGUGAUGAAUUGUAUGUUGACGCCAAUUACUUCCAAUAUAGGUGGUUUUUCGACGAGUGGGAUGACAAAAUGAAGAGUUUGUUUGUUCGUUGUUUGGAGUAUAGUUUAAGCAGUAGCCAAUCUGAGGACAUUGUCUUUUUGAGUGUGACUAGUUUGGCUUUGGUUUAUCAAAAGGAUGAAGAUGUUAAUAAAUACACCAAGCGUAUCAGUGAUGGUCUUAUGGUGGGAGUGCUUAUGAAUAUGAUUUUCAUGUCUCCCAAAGUGUCAACAUUGCUGUAUCAGCACUUUUUCAAACUCAAUCCUCAAGAUGUUAAUGUUAACAAUGAUGCUAAUAAGCGGAUUUUGCAAAAACCAGUGAUCAAACAUUUGAACAAGUUUUCUUUCUUACUUGCUGCAUACUUUAGUCAAUUGAGGUAUAAUAAACAGAAUGAAGACUUGAUUCUCGCAAACUUGACAAAGAUGGCCGAUUUUAACAAGUUGCUAAAUCACAUUUGCGCAUCUUCCAUAUUCAAUACAUUUACUAGUGCCAAGGAAAACAACCCCCUUUUUCAACUGUUUUGGUAUUUUAUGAAGAACUUGUUGUUUUCCGAAGUGAUUAUUUUCCAAGGUGUUUUCACACGGUUCCUAACGGGAAACAAGUCGAAUUUCAUUUGGUUCAAUAAUCGAGAUUUGAUUAUUAUGCAACGUGCUUAUAGACAGAUUGCAUUAACCACAAUUCCCAGUUUAUAUUAUCUCAACUUCAUUCUACUUUCAAUAGGGCAAGGUGGGUUUGAUAAUUACAAUUUUGUGUAUUACCUCAGUGUUGAGUUGGCAUUAUCUACGGCACUGCAUUUUGAACAAUUGGCAUUGCGGUUGUUUCUGGAUUAUAAUGAAAUAAACUUGUACCCGGAUGUAUUGGACCACAACUAUAUUAUGCAACUGAAGGUGUUGUUUGUAUUGGGACUAUGGGAAAAUUGUCUACAACAAAAGCCAAUUCAAAAUGAGGCGUAUGCGUCAUCGAUUUAUACUAAUGUUCGCGAUUUGGCCAAUGAUUCCAAAUACACAAGCAAUGAUUUGAUCGAGGCUAGUCACUCGGUGUUGUUAUUUUAUUUCGCCAAUAGCAACAAGGUUGAUUUGAAAGAUUGCAUUGAGUAUGUUAAUUUGCUAGUUAGUCAAUUCCCACACCGAUUAUCAGCUACACAAUUGUGUAUCGCUAUUGAAACUAUUGGAAAGAAGAUCUUGUCACAUCCAAAGCCAUAUCGUGAUAACUCCAUAUACAAUAACUCAGCUGAGGAGUUUUUCCAUUUUUUGGUUAAUUUAUGUGGACCUAUCCAUCGUGGGGUACCAAUCAAGCCCUCCACUACAAACACAUCUUUAUUAAACAACAAUCUGGACAAUCCUAGCUUCACCUCAGCACAACCAAUUUCGGAAAUUGAAGCUCAUGCAACUUUAAACACCUUGGAACAGGACAAGAAAAUGGAUGGCGACAUUAUCCAUGAAAACAAAGCCAAGAAGCCCAAGGAUAAAGUUGUACGUGACUUGUUGCCCCGAUUCAAAAGGGAAUACAAGUUUGAAAAUCGACUUGCACCAGAAACCGUUCGGGAAGCGGCAGUGUUGGCUUUGAUUAACUUGGUGCCAUAUUUCCCCCUUUCUGUGUUUGUUGCGUGGGUGGAACGGAUCUGGGAUUUGAUUGUAAAGAGUAAUGUGCUGGAGGCCAACUACUUGACUGGUAUGUUGUGGAAAGUGAUGAGUGAUAGUCUUGAUUUGAAUCGGGUUGAAUUGGCAAUGAGGUGGUGGUAUGAGACAAAGCGGUUGUCGGAGAGGAACUAUGUUGAUGCAAAGAUGUAA